CAGGGAAGCAGCACCUUCAGACCGUCAUCCUCCAGGUCCUUGUGAGCCCUGGAGGUCUUGAGCCUUGAGAUGCUAUCACAGCGACGUGCCUUCAUCUUCUUCUUACCGCAAACAUGGAAGCAGACACCAUGCAGAGCUCCUGACGUCCACUCAUCCUCCAUUCCUCCUCCUCCUUGUCUUCACAUCUCUCCUGUCAAUGAUUUCUCUGCAUCCCAACUGUCUUCUGUUCCCACCUCCCCAGUUUUAUCCCACCUCUCUCCUCUGCUUCCUCCAUCCCUCCAUGGCCUCCUGAGGUUCCUCCUGGUCCUCCUGGCCUCCUUCUGUUUACUGCCCUGCCCAGCACAGGCAGCAUGGUUUCGUGUCGGGGUGGUGGGGCCGUGGGGGUGCGAUCCUCUCUUUGCCAAGGCCCUCCCAAGUGUGGCAGCACAACUUGCCGUCAACCGCAUCAACAAGGACCCGGCACUGGCCUACGCUACAACGUUCGACUACUCUGUGCUGCAGGAGCCAUGUGAGACAUCACGGGCCCUGGAGACGUUCAUUGGUUUCCACACAAAGGCCUCGGGAUACAUUGGACCAGCCAACCCCGGCUACUGUGAUGCUGCAUCAAUGCUGAGCAAAGGCUGGAACAAAGCAUUGUUUUCUUGGAGCUGUGUUGGCUAUGAGCUAGACGAUGUUCGGAGCCACCCCACCUUUGCACGCUCCAUGCCGAGGCCCACCUGGGUGCUGCUCAGCAUCAUAAACUACUUCAGGUGGGCCCACAUUGGCAUCAUCUCUUCCUCAGACGACGUCUGGGUUGAGACGGCCACCAAGGUGGCUGACUCCUUGAGGAGUCACGGUCUGCCCGUCAGACUGAUCAGUUUUAUGGAGAACACGCCUCAUGGCAUCAGACGAACUCUGCACAAGCUACGCAAGAUGAGGGAAAUAAGAAUUGUGAUCCUCUGUAUGCACUCGGCUCUGAUCGGCGGUGGAGUCCAGAAGCAGCUCUUGGAGACGGCCUACGACAUGCAGCUGAUCGACGGCUCCCUGGUCUUUGUGCCCUAUGACACCUUGCUCUACAGCCUGCCCUACCGCAAUGUCACCUACCCAGCUCUGAAGAGGAACAGCAAACUGCUGCGGGCCUACGACGCCGUGUUAACCGUCACCAUCAACUCACCCCAGAUGUCCUUCUACGAAGCCUACAGCAAAGCCAUGGAGAGGGGGGAGGUGGCCAAGACGCUGAAGCCUCACCAGGUGUCCCCACUCUUUGGCACCAUCUACAACUCCGUCCUCGUCAUGGCUCACGCAGUUUAUCGUGUUCGGGAAGCUGGGGAGUGGAUGUCUGGGGGAAACCUGGCAAGACAUACCCGAAACCUGGACCUCCAGGGCUUCAGCCACCCCAUCAAAACCAACGGCUCUGGAGCAGCUCUGCUGGAGUACCUCAUACUGGACACUGACGGACUCUCCUGGGAGCUGAAGCCAACAUACAGCAUCAAUAUAGAGACUGGCAUGGUGCGUUUCCUGGGUCGAGAAAUCCACUUCCCUCGCUGCUACAGACCCAGGAAGGACUCCUCCUGCUGGUUUACUCCUGGAGUCAUCUGCUCAGGGGGUGUGGAUCUGUUCUCCACCAUCAGCAUGUUCCUCGGCGCUAUGUUUGCCUCUGUUUUUGCAGUGGCACUUAUUUACUGCAUCAGGCGACGCAUCCAUCAGAUCCGACUGCUUAAGGGUCCGAACAGGAUCUUGCUGACUCUGGCUGAUGUCACAUUUAUCAACCCGUCGCUUAGCAACAAGAAGCUGAGUCUGGAUGACAGCAGGACAAGCGGCAUGAGGAGCGUGUCAGAAAUCACGUCGCCAGUUUCCACCCAAUCCCCGGCCACCCACGAGAACACCAACGUCGUCAUUUUCGAGGGUGACUGGGCAUGGCUGAAGAGACUUCCCGAUGGGUCGUUCAGCAGCAUCAACCCCAAAACCAGCCAAGUGUUUGAACUGAUGAAGGACAUGCGUCAUGAGAAUGUGAACCCUUUCCUGGGCUUCUUUCAUGACUGCGGCGUGUUCGCCAUCGUGACUGAGUUCUGCUCCAGAGGAAGUUUGGAGGACCUGUUGUUGAACGAGGAGGUCAAACUUGACUGGAUGUUCAAGUCAUCGCUGCUACUGGAUUUAAUUAAGGGUAUGAAGUACCUCCAUCACCGCGGAGUGAGCCACAAUCGUCUCAAGUCCCGUAACUGUGUGGUGGACGGGCGUUUCGUCUUGAAGAUCACAGACUAUGGCUACAGCGACGUUCUGGAGGCUCAGAGGUUACCCUACAUGGAACAACCUGCAGAUGAGUUACUGUGGACGGCUCCAGAGAUCCUGAGGAGCGGGAGGCCGGAGCUUUACGGGAGUCUGGCCGGAGACGUGUACAGCUUCGCCAUCAUCAUGCAGGAGGUGGUGGUCAGAGGGCCUCCAUUCUGUAUGCUGGACCAGUCCGCCAUAGAAAUAAUAGAGAAGUUGCGUAAGCCUCCUCCUCUGUGUCGUCCCGUGGUCAGUCCAGACUACGCUCCUUUAGAGUGCAUCCACCUGAUGAAGCACUGCUGGAACGAACAGCCAGACAAAAGACCCAGCUUUGAUGAGAUCUUCGACCAGUUUAAGAACAUCAACAAGGGGAAGAAGACCAACAUCAUAGACUCCAUGCUGAGGAUGUUGGAGCAGUACUCGUCUAACCUGGAGGAGCUGAUCAGGGAGCGAACGGAGGAGCUGGAGAUCGAGAAACAGAAGACGGAGAAGCUGCUGACACAAAUGCUUCCUCCGUCUGUGGCCGAGGCCUUGAAGGUGGGCGGUACCUUUGAACCGGAGUACUUUGACAACGUGUCGCUUUACUUCAGUGACAUCGUCGGCUUCACCACCAUCUCAGCCAACAGUGAACCUAUCGAGGUGGUCGACCUGCUCAAUGACCUCUACACGGUCUUUGACGCCAUCAUAGGAAACCAUGAUGUCUACAAGGUGGAGACUAUAGGUGAUGCUUACAUGGUGGCGUCAGGUGUUCCCGUUCCUAAUGGCAACCGCCAUGCUGCAGAGAUAGCCAACAUGGCCCUCGAUAUCCUGAGUGCCGUGGGAACCUUUAAAAUGAGACACAUGCCUGACGUUCCUGUCAGGAUACGUAUAGGACUACACACAGGUCCAUGUGUAGCAGGUGUUGUAGGUCUCACUAUGCCUCGCUACUGUCUGUUCGGAGACACAGUGACCACCGCCUCUCGAAUGGAGUCCAGCGGGUUGCCCUACAGGAUCCAUGUCCACCAGAGUACAGUGAAGGUCCUGCGGGAGCUAAAUCUCGGCUACAAGGUGGAGUUGAGAGGCAAGACAGAAGCCAAGGGGAAAACAGUGGAGGAGACCUACUGGCUUGUAGGGAGAGAGGGAUUUAACAAACCCCUUCCUGUUCCUCCAGAGGUCAAGUCUGGUCUUAAAAAAUCGAAGGACCUGAAGCGUGCGUUUCACAAGGCGGUGAAGAAGAUCUCUCAUGUUCGCGUCGUGACUCAGCUCCCUGGGCCCGAUGAGGACGACAACGUCAUGUUGUCGCACCACUGA